AUAAUUGAGUUCACUGUGCAGGAUUGUAGUGUAAACUGAAGAUUAAGAUGGAGGGUUGGGUGGUGAUGUAGUUGUAGCUGCGGUUGUAAUGACAUUAACUUAACAUGUGGCGUCGUUUAUUCAUUCUCUUGAAUCGAGGAAAGUAGGGAGCAAUUCUGAGCAUAGUGCCAUUCAUGGAGGGAUCCAUCUUGUUUUUGCUUCAUCAAAAUGUUCCCUCUCCAUCCAUUUUCCAAAUCUAGCAUUCAUCAAACAACAUUUCUCUCUUCACCUCCACAACACUUCUCUCUCUUCUCAUUUCACCUAUGCAACUUACUCCAUCUUUAUGCUAACCGUUAAAGUUUUACUUCUUGUUCUUUGACUAGCUUCCCUUUUCUCUCUCUCUUUCUCUCUGAACUUGGUUUGCUUCUGUCUCAUAGAAAUCAGGGUUUAUCGGCUAGAUUGCCACCAUGAUAAAGCAAAUUCUUAGCAAAUUGCCAAAGAAGGUGCCAAAAUCCGACUCAUCAGAUUCUGCAAGGAGUGACUCUAGCAAUACUACUAGUUUUGGGAAUGUAUUUCAGUGUACAAAUGUCGGAAGCACCAUUUCAAGCAAAUUAAAUGUUGUGAAGAGGGUAUCUUCCGUUGUUUUCCCUGCAAGCAUGAGUGCUGGAGUGGAAGCAGUUGACCCCUGUCUGUCUUUCAAAGAUGUUUCAAAUACACAGAAGCAAAGCCUGUUCAUUAGUAAGUUAAAUCUUUGCUGCAAAGUUUAUGAUAUGAGUGAUCCUGAUAAGAACAGUACAGAGCAAGAUCUCAAACGACAAACGUUGUUGGAGCUUGUUGAUUUUGUUUCUUCUGGAUCGGUUAAGUUCACAGAGCCGGCAAUUGCUGCAUUGUGUAAAAUGUGUGCAGCUAAUUUGUUCAGGGUUUUCCCACCUAAGUUUCGGACAAGUACCACGGGUGGAGAAACAGAAGAUGAAGAACCUAUGUUUGAUCCUGCCUGGUCUCACCUACAAGUUGUUUAUGAUCUACUCCUUCAAUUCAUCAAUUAUAACUCCCUUGAUGUGAAGUUGGCAAAAGUGCAUAUAGAUCAUGCCUUUAUUUUAAGAUUACUUGACCUUUUUGAUUCUGAGGACCCUAGAGAAAGAGAUUGCUUGAAAACAAUCCUGCAUAGAAUCUAUGGGAAAUUCAUGGUUCAUAGGCCUUUCAUUCGGAAAUCCGUUAGCAACAUCAUCUACCGGUUUGUUUUUGAGACUGAGCGGCAUAAUGGAAUCGCUGAGCUGUUGGAGAUUUUUGGGAGUGUUAUUAGUGGUUUUGCUUUGCCAUUGAAGGAAGAGCAUAAAAUAUUUUUGUGUAGGGCUUUAAUUCCUUUGCACAAACCUAAAUCUGUUGGCAUUUAUCAUCAACAGUUAACAUAUUGUGUUGUACAGUUCAUAGACAAGGAUCAAAGACUGGCUAGCACUGUGAUAAAGGGACUAUUGAAGUAUUGGCCAGUAACAAAUAGCCAGAAGGAGCUAAUGUUGAUAAGUGAGUUGGAAGAGAUUUUGGAAAUGACUAGCAUGGCUGAGUUCCAGAAGAUCAUGGUCCCGCUGUUUCGACGAAUGGCUUGCUGCCUUAAUAGUUCUCAUUAUCAGGUGGCUGAGCGAGCUCAUUUGCUAUGGAACAAUGAGCACAUCCUGAAUCUGAUAACGCAAAACCGACAGGUGAUACUGCCUCUAGUGUUCUCAGCCAUUGUACAUAAUGCAGAAAGUCACUGGAACCAAGCAGUGCUGAACCUGACUCAGAACAUAAGGAAGAUGCUGUCUCAGAUGGACGAGGAGCUGGUGGAUGCAUGCCAACGCAGGAUUGAGGAAGAAGAUUCAAGUGCAAGUGCUGCAGCAGAGAAGAGAAGACUAACAUGGGAACGCCUAGAAGCUGCUGCUGCUGCUACUGUUACUGCUACUUCUAGUGUCCAAUAUGAAGGUGGUGGUGAUGUUUUAGUCCCAGUAAAAUCUGCUACAUGCUCAGUGGCAUGCUAAUUACUAGUGGUGGUGUGGUUCUUGAGUUUUAUAAUUUGGCAAUAGGGUAUGUAUACAAAUGGUACCCUUACCUUACCCUCACUCAAAUUGUGCUGAGUAGUAGGUGAUAUUAUUAUUAUUAUUAUUAUUUUAUA